AUGGAAGGGAUAAAAUCUGAGUUUCUUAUAUAUAAAAGUCAUACGUUUCAAGCAUUCGAAUAUUUCGUUCGUAACGAAACUAGAAAUUUCGUGGAGAUGAAGUCGCUACAUCUUUUCACACUGGUGAUAAUAUUGCUGGUCGAUCAGAUUUAUUCCUCAUCUCCGACCGUGUAUGGGAAAGAUGGUGAUUUCGUUGUACAUAAGGAGGAUAAAACCGAGGGAGGGAAAGUUAUUCGUGUAAAAAGAGCGCCCUUGAUUAAAUUGCCUUUGCUCGCGGGAGCAGCUGUAAUUGGUAAGAAAGCACUUUUACUGGGUGGCGCUGCCGUUGGAGCUAAGGCUCUUGUCGGUGCUGGAGUUCUUGGAGCAGGUUUAUACAAAGCUAAAUAUUAUAACGGUGGUUACGGAAGUGGAUACGCGAGCUACCAACAACAUACGCCAUACGCUUACGUUGACUCAAGUUGGGGCUAACGAUUAUUAU